GCGUAGGAAGUCGACGAAUUCUCAGUCGAGGAAUUCAAAGUUUGCAGUGAGUAUCACGGCUGCGUUUGAUAUUGCGAGCUAGCAGUUAAGAGUGUGCUAGCAAUAGGAGACCAUGCAUGGAAGGCUGAUUUCGAUGCCGUAAUGCCGUACCGGGAAAAUUAAAAGCAUGAUAUGCAAGCGCUUAGCUUAAUAUGAAAGUGGUGAAAUAGAAUAAGUAAUAGAAACUUCAAUGUAGGUGGCAUGCAUUUCAACGAAUAUAGCAGCAAGCAUUUGAUAUCUUGAUAUUUCUCUUGAACUCACAUGGAGAAAAGAUCUGCUUAAACUUUUGUGUCAAAGCGUACAUUUCUUUCUCAUGCUGCAGGGCACUGAGAAAGCCAUGGACGCGGAGAAUUACAGAUUCGUUGAUGGCCUCUGGGCGCACAAUUUCUUGCUCGAAGACAUACUACGGUCAGCGUUUUCGUACAAGCCCCGGCCUGACGACGUCUUCGUCGCCACGUACCCCAAGUGUGGAACCACGUGGACGCAGUACCUCAUCCUCAGCAUCUUGAAGAAAGGCGAUCCUCCAAAAACAAGCAUGGACUUCAUGCUGGCGUCUCCCUUCCUCGAACUGAUGGGAGCCGAAGCGGCUGAGAAGAUGGCCAGGCCGGGCGUGCUCAAGAUUCACCUACCGUUUAACAAGGCGCCCUACUCCGAGCAUGCGAAGUACAUCUGCGUUGCCAGGAACCCUUACGACGUGUGCGUCUCCUUCUACUACCACACGAAGGGCUUCACGCCGAAGUCGGUGAAAGAUGUUUCUUUCGCUGCGUUUCACGAGAUGUUCAUUUCGGGAAAGCUCUCGUGGGGCGACUACUUCGACCACCUGCUCUCGUGGUACGAACAACGCGACCGACCCAACGUACUCUUUCUAACCUACGAGGAGGCCAAGAAAGACACGGCACGCUGGGCGUUAAAGAUCGCCGACUUUCUCGGAGCAGAGUACGGUGAAGACCUGCACAAACAACCGGGUCUACUUCAUAAAGUGCUGGGAGCAUGUAGCUUGGAAAACAUGAGGUGCGUAUUCAAUGACAGCAUGCCAAAUGUUAUACAAGACCUUCUCAACUUGCCACCAGCGAAGGCCCUCAAGUCCGUUGAAGCAUAUCGUAAGCUGAAUCUUCCGCCAGAGAUGCACGAAAGUGAAGGCUUUGUGCGCAAAGGUAUUGUUGGGGACUGGAGAGCUCACUUCACACCGGAUCAGAUCACGAAGACAAAAGCCUGGAUUGAAGAAAAAACAAAGGGAACCGACGUGAUGCAGCUGUGGAGUGACAUUGACCUUCCUUGAAUACUACGGACCGGUGUGAUCACAAAGCGAGAGCGACGUUACGCGGCCGCCGGGAAAAAAAGUGACCCUUUCGUUUUCUUCAUCGGAGAAGGGUCUUCAGAACGUACUCAGGACUGCUGUGAAAUACCUCAAAACAAAAACUUCAUUGUACAUAAUGAUUUGUGUCUGUCACGACAUAAAUUCAGCUAGCAACCAAAUAAGCAUAACUGAUAAUUUUUAAAGCCU